AUGAGUUGUGUUCAUGCAGCUGUCCAUCAACCUGCUCUUUGGUUUUGCUUCCAGUCCAACAGGAAAGGGGCGUCGCCGAAGCCCGUGACCAGCCCAGCCCCCGCCCCCGAGAAGGCCCCCCCCCGGGCCGAGGCCCACGCCUGUGCACUCUGCGGCCGCUGGUUCCCCUCCCUGAUGGGCCUUCGUGUCCACGAGCGCCGCAGCCACGGGGAGGAGGCGGCGCUGGGGGGCCCGGCCCCGGGGCCCGCCGCCCUGUCCACGGACCGCUUUGACCAGUGCACCCAGUUCCGACCCGGGAGUCUGAAAGCGUUCCACUGCCUUAUCUGCGCUUAUCGCACCAACAUGCUGUGUCUGCUGAAGAGCCACUUCCGGAAGAAACACCCAGAGCCGCCAGCUGACCGGAACGCUGGUCCAUCGGGGACCCUCGAGGUGGAGGGGGGCGGCCCCCCAGCAGCGGGGGACCCCCCAGCCGAGGGGAACCCCCCCGCUGCCCAUCCAGACCUCCAGAGGGACCCCUCCCCGGCCCCCCUGCCGGCAGUCAAAACCAGCAAACACUCUGUGUACUCGGAGCCGGCAGAGGUCCAGAGACAGCUGAGUCACUACAGAUCAAUGGCGCCGGCCAAUAGCGUGGCUCCGUUGUCCGGGGAGGUGUCUGGCGAUAGGACGCUGCCCUGCGAGUUCUGCGACUUCUCCAGCGGGCACUGGUCGAGUGUGCGGCGGCAUUACAUGAACAUCCACGGCAAGAAGGUCCACCGCUGCAAGGACUGCUGCUACUUCACUGGACUCAGGAGGAAGCUGGAUCUGCACAAGAAGACGGGUCACUCCCGCGGCCCGGCGCAGCCCCCGCCCCAGAAGAGGCUCCGCUGCCCGCUGUGCCUCUACCACACCCUCAGCCGGGACCACCUGGUGGACCACGUCGUGCUCCACCGCCAGGAGCGCGUGGUCCCCAUCGAGCUGCGGCGGCCCAGGCUGUCGCGCUACCUGGCGGACGUGGUCUUCCGCUGCCAGGAGUGCACCUUCACCUGCGGCAGCGCGGGCGCCCUGGGGGCCCACGCGCUGAAGCACGGCCCCGCGGGGCCCUACGCCUGCCGGCUCUGCUACUUCCGCUGCCCCCGGCUCGGCCUGCUGGAGGCGCACCUGUGGGAUAAGCAUCAGGUGGAGAGGAACCAUGAGCUGGUGGGACAGGUGAACCUGGACCACCUGGGAGGGAGGAGCGGGGGGGGGGAGGAGGGGCAGGACGCACGGUCCCACCCCAGGGAGGGGGACCGGGAUGAAGAGGGGGUCACCCCAGGGUGGGACGGGGUUCAACGGCGAGGGAAGCAGGAGGGACGAGACGCCACGGCACGUCCGCGACGCAGAAGAGAGGAGGAAGAGGAGGGGCGGCGGCGUUGUGAUGGGCGACCGCCGGCAGCGCCGAUGGGCUCGGAGGACGGCUGUACUGGGGGGGCGGGGUUCACGAGCAAACGGAGGGCAGAGGGCGAGGCCUCGGCGCUGGAGGACGGGGGGGCCGUGGGACCCCCCGGGGGGCCGGGGGCAGGCGACGGGCCCUCGGGGGCUCAGGGGUCCUCCGGCGCGUCUGGGAGGGCGCCGCCCGCCGCCCCCGCCGUCCCAGACGGAGCCGCGGACACGGAGCCCCGUGAGGAGCCGUCGCUGAGCCCGGAGGUCCCGCGGGACCACCGGGCGGGGCAGGGCGACGGGCUGGGGAGCCCGGAGAUGCCCGUUCUGGAGAACGUCUACCUGGACCGCAGACUCUCCGGGCAGGGCUCCCUCCAGCGCGGAGAGCCCCCCAGCGGAGGAGCCCUGGGGGGCUCGGGGGACCCGGGGACCUCUCCCACCAAAGCGGCCCCCGCAGACCCCAGCGCCGCCCCGAGGACGCGCUCUGGAGCCCCCGGAGCGCUGAGCUGCCCCUACUGCGGACGCGUCUUCUGCACCGCCGCUGAGCUGCAGGGUCACGUCAAGAGGCACAGGAUGUAGAAUCAGUCGUGUCAAGAGGCACAGGAUGUAGAAUCAGUCGUGUCAAGAGGCACGGUCCUCAGACUGAUGGUCGGAUCAGCUGCUGAAGUGUCUUUGUAAAUAAGUUGUUCUUACUGUUUUAUUGGCUGUAAUCAGAUAUUUUAUGAACUUUGUAGAACUCUUUCCGUUUCAAUGUCUGGACCUUUUUUUUCUUAAAUAUGUUUUCCAAUAAAACAAGUGUUUCUAAUCACUACAUUUA